UUCCAUGGGGAAAUUAAAGUACUAACACGAAUGAUGGUUGACCCUAAUGCCAUACUUCAAAAAGCAGGACAUAAGGAUCUAGCAUAUACAAGAGGGGAAAUAUUGGAUGUGGUUCAGCUCACUGAUGCUAAUAAAAUACUGUGCCGCAACUGUGAAGGGAAAUUUGGAUACGUACCGCGAAAGGCUGUUCUGAAAUUAGAGAAAAAUAUCUACAGUAAUAUCAGCUUUGAUGAUGUUUAUGAUGAUACCGAGCUCAUAUCAAAUACAUUUCCUGCUAUGCCAGCCAAAGCAAGAUUUCAAAGUGGUUAUACUACAAGAUUGUUCCAAAGAAAUUCCAAACAAAUAAGUAAAGCUGAAAUACCAAAAAUGGAGAAUUUAAAAAACAUGAAGGCUGAAGAUAAAGAACUGAAAGAAAUGAGGAAGAGAUUUAAGUUUGAAGGAGAAAUAAAGGUUUUGACUCGUAUGAUGGUAGUCCCGAGUGCUGGAAACAAGAGAGGUGGAGGAAAAGAUCUACCAAUCAGUAAAGGAGAAAUCUUUGAAGUGAUUCAGUUCACCAAUCAAGAAAAAAUACUGUGCAGAAAUAGUAAAGGCAAAUAUGGCUAUGUUAAGAGAAGAUAUGUUUUACAACUUGAAAAAGAACUUUCUGAUUCUACCAGAACCUCAGGUUCUGGAAUUAUUACCAAAACAAGAUGACAGCAUUACUGCUAAUCUGAGCUAUUUAUUGUAUACUUUUUCUUCUUGUGAGUGUUGUACCAAUCUGCAAAGUUAUAUGGGUAAAAUAAUAAUCUU